AUGGUUGAAUUAACUGAAGCUCAGAAGGCUAGACGUGCCGUUCUCAUCCAAAAUCGCGGUCAACUCAAAGGCAGAAUUACUAGGCUGACAAAUUACUUAGAAAAAUCUGGAGUUUACGCAGAUCCAAGUAUGAUUGAUCGCCAUUUAGUGAAAAUCGAUGAAGAAUUGAAUAAUCUAGCAAACAUUGAACACGAGCUUACAACACUAGAACCCAAUGUGAAUCAUAGUGAAGAGUCAGAGAAUAUCAGGUUUGAUUAUGAGGAUAUGCAAGUACUAAUCAGAAAAUUUAAAGAGCCCAAUCGCGAAGCCACUAUAAUGGGUCAGACUAGCUCAGCAGAACGCACCAGCUCAUCGACUUCGUGUGCAAAACCAACAGAUUACCUCUCUUCACUUCCAAAAGUAGAGGUUAAAAAAUUUGAUGGAAAAUUAGAGAACUUUCGUCCCUAUAGAGACUGGUUCCGUAAAUUCAUUCAUGAUCGUGAGGGCUUAUCAGAUUCCCAACGAUUCGAUUAUUUUAAGAGAACACUCACAGGAGAAGCCGAAAAAAUGAUCAGUGCAUUCCAGACAACUGACGAAAAUUAUGCAGUUGCAUGGGAUUUAUUCGACUCCACUUAUAAUGUCGAGUACAUUCUAGUUUUUCGCCACUGUGACCUCCUUUAUGACACUCCAGUAAUGAAGAAUAGUUCUCCCGAAGAAAUUCGAAAAUUAAUUAAUCAUAUCCAGACUCAGAUUCUUGCCAUGAAAGCACUAGGUGAAAAGGUUGAAAAUUGGAAUACCCUUAUUUCUCACAUUAUCAUGAGAAGGAUGGACAAGGACACCGAGAGAGAAUGGAACAGGUCAAAACAGGCAACUAUUAAUUCCAGACUGAAUGGAUAUGCCAGGACACUCAGUUUUUUAACUGUCCCAAUGAUUGGUAAAUUAUUCCCCAUGCAGUCAAUAAAUCGGAAUAAUCUAGGUAUCCCAAAGCAUUUGCAGUUAGCAGAUCCAACCUUCGAUCAACCAGCACCUGUUGAUAUUCUUCUCAGUGUGGGUACGACACUCGCCUCAAUUUGCCAAGGUCAAAUUCAGUUAAAUGGCCCCGAUGACCCAGAUUUAAUUCUUCAAGAGACUCGUUUCGGUUGGAUCAUCGGAGGAAGCAAGUUGUCUGCAAAUUCACCCACCGAGAAAUAUCCAGUCCAGACGUACAUCACUUCCAUUGAAACGGAAUUAAAAAACUUUUGGGAAAUGGAUGACUUUCAAACAACAAAACAUUGGUCCAAGGAGGAACAAGCCUGUGAAGAACAUUUUAAGAAGCAUAUCACUCGUGAUGUAAACGGGCGAUAUAUCGUAGCCCUACCGUUCAAUGGCAAAGAAGCUGAUUUGGGAAAUUCUCGUGAAUCGGCAAGGAAACGAUUCAAAUCAUUAUUGAGAAAAUUUCAGCGUAACCCCGAACUAGAAAAACAGUACACUGCAGUAAUGCAAGAAUAUAUUGACCUGGGUCACAUGUCGGAAACGCUAGAAGAUGCCCAAGCAGAAAAAGGUUUCUACCUGCCACACCACGCCGUCGUAAAGGAAACGAGCCUCACUACAAAGGUUCGGGUCGUAUUCGAUGGAUCAGCCAAAGGGGAGAAUUCUUUAUCCCUCAAUGACACACUUAUGGUUGGGCCCACAAUACAAGACGACAUAUUUUCCUUACUGACCCGUUUCCUCACGCAUCAGUACGUGAUUACAGCUGACAUAGAAAAAAUGUAUCGGCAGUUUUAUGUCCGUGAAGAAGAUCGGAAGUAUCAACGGAUUUGGUGGAAAGAUACUGAUGGAAAUGAGAAAAUAUUUCAAUUAAAUAUAGUUACAUUUGGUCUUUCCUCAGCCCCAUAUUUAGCAAUCCGUUGUGUACACCAAUUGGCCGAUGAUGAAAGUCUCGAGUUUCCCAAUGCCUCAAACAUUUUGAAACGAAAUUCAUAUGUCGAUGACUUCUUAUCAGGCGCUGAUACAUUCGAGGAAGCACUACAGCUGCGGGAUGAAGUAACCGCAUUGUUACAAAAAGGACAGUUAAAUCUACGCCAAUGGGCUUCCAAUGAUCCAAGACUUCUAUACGGAUUACCGGAAGAAAGUGUAAAUUUAAAACUCAAUAUGUCCCAUGACUCAACAAUUAAGACUUUGGGUCUUCACUGGGACUCAGCUAGAGAUGCGAUUGUCUACACUGUGAAGCCAAUUCCAAUUACUGCUAAAGUCACUAAACGAACGAUGUUAUCAGAGGUUUCAAAAAUAUUCGAUCCUCUAGGAUUUCUUGGUCCUGUGAUUAUCAAGGGGAGAAUGAUACUCCAUCGUUUGUGGAUCGAAAAAUUGGGUUGGGACGACGCCAUUCCUCUUAGCAUUCUUACAGAAUGGAGAACGUAUGCCAGUCAAUUAAUUGAUUUGAAUGAUUUGUCCUUUGAUCGAAAGGUGAUCAUUUCUGAAGCUACAGAAAUACAGCUGCAUGGGUUUUGUGAUGCCAGCUUGAAAGGAUACGGAGCGUGCAUUUAUCUACGUUCAACAGACAUUCAAGGAAAAACACAAACACGACUCCUCUGUUCAAAAUAUCGCGUUGCUCCAAUCAAACCUCCUGUAAUCGCUCGCUUGGAGCUAUGCUCAGCAUUAUUAUUAUCCGAUCUUUAUGUAGCCGUCAAGCAAGCUAUCACAUAUGAGUUGCAUCGAAUCAUAUUUUGGUCUGACUCAAUGAUAGCUUUGCAUUGGAUCAAGACGUCUCCUCAUAAAUUAUUAGUUUUCGUGGCUAAUCGAGUCGCUGGCAUACAGAAGAAAACAGAUGGUGCUGAAUGGCGACACGUCAGAACCAAAGACAAUCCUGCAGAUCAUAUUUCGCGAGGCUUAUUCCCCAGUGAGUUCACUGACGAAUUAAAUUGGAAGUUUGGACCAGCCUGGCUCUCAGAAAACGAAGACACCUGGCCAAAAAGUGAACUCACAAUUCUACCUGAAAUCCCUGAAAUGCGAAAAACUCAAUGCCUACUCACUGAUUCAGAGAAUGUAAAAGAAACUGAGACUACCUCUGAAAUAAAACCAGCGGAAAAGGUGAAGAAAGCUAAUUGCGAUAUACCGUACAUUUUACGGUAUUCAUCAAUCGGACAUCUUCGGAGAUUAUUUGCUAUUGGUUUACGUUUCAAGAAUAAAUUAAAAGGUCCACUUUCUGCUUUUGAAUUAAUUCAAGCGAACUACCAAAUUAUUAAGGUUUUACAAGAGUCAACAUUUUCAGUGGAGAUGAAGGAAAUAAGAAAAAAUAAAAGAUUACCACAUAAUCAUAGAUUGAGAAAACUGGAUCUCUUUCUUGGUAAAGAUGGCUUACUACGUGUCGCAGGACGUUUGAAGAAAGCUUCUAUUCCUUACGACCAAAAACAUCCCAUGUUAAUUCCAAAGGGACAUCAUGUAACCACUUUACUCAUUAGAAAUGAACACCUUACAAAUCAUCACUCUGGAGUUCAGACUACUUUAUAUGCUCUUCGAAGGAAAUAUUGGCUAGUUGACGGACGUCACCAGGUACGCAAGGUUAUUCAAAACUGUGUCACCUGCAUCAGAGCCAACCCUCCAAAGAGUGACUAUAUGAUGAGCAAUCUUUCUACUGCUAGAGUGACAGAAGCUAAGCCCUUUAGCAACGUGGGAGUCGAUUAUUGCGGUCCUUUUUAUGUAAAAGAAAAGAAGCACCGUAACAGAAAUCGAGUUAAAGUAUGGGUCGCUGUCUUUGUAUGCUUUGUGGUCAAGGCCGUUCAUCUAGAGGUAGUUACUGACCUGACUACCGAGGGUUUCAUUGCAGCCCUAAAACGUUUCGUCGCUCGCCGAGGAAAACCAAGAAAUAUUCAUUCGGAUAACGGCAGCAAUUUCAUCGGAGCCAGUAACGAGAUCAAAGAGUUGUAUUCUUUUCUCCAAUCAAAGGAACAUAAUGAUAAAAUACAUAAGCAUUUAGCAGACCAAGGAAUCACCUGGCACUUUAUCCCACCCUUGUCGCCCCACUUUGGAGGACUUUGGGAAGCUGGUGUCAAAUCUUUCAAACACCACUUAAAACGCAUUUGUGAUGAUUUAGUUACCUUAGAGCAAUUUAACACUCUUGUGAUCGAGAUCGAAGCAAUUUUAAACUCCCGUCCUCUCACUCCUAUAUCCACCGACCCUAAUGAUUUAAUUGUUCUUACUCCUGGUCAUUUCCUUACUGGCGAUUCAUUAAUGAGCUUGCCAGAACCAGAUUUCAGCGAGACACCUGACAAUCGAUUGUCAGCUUGGGAAUUGAUCCAGAAGAAGCAGCAAGAGUUUUGGAGAAGGUGGUAUAAGGAAUACCUGAAUGAGCAGACACUCAGACAAAAGUGGAACCAAGGGAGCCACGAUAUUCAAGAUGGCACAGUAGUUAUUUUGAGGGAAGACAACUUACCGCCUCGACAGUGGUCUCUAGGUCGAGUCAUCCAGGUUUACCCAGGGAGUGAUGGUACAGUUCGCAUAGUUAAAGUGAAAACGGCUAAGGGUGAAUUAGAAAGAAACGUUCGUAGACUUUCGCCCUUAUUAAAUGAUCAAAAUAAUCAAAAGGACAAUGCUAAAGACAUUAAGUGA